GUGCCAGGCGCCACGUGUACGCGCGACCUUGGCCACUCUUUCGUGGUCAACAUGCUGUUGGCCUCACUGGGCCACGUCAACGAGAGGCACCGCUGGGCAUCCGAACAGAUAGAGUUCGCUGGGUGGUUCGUUCUUAAGCCGGGCAAUGACCUGGCACUGCUGCCAUACGCGAUCACCUUCCCGUGGAUCAGCGAAGGUGGCACACGGUUUAUGAACCAUGGUGGACUCGGCAACCACGUCGCCUGGGCACUCAGCUUGCUAUUCUUCAACGGCUACGUCAGAUCUCGGGACGCUGUCGAUGCCUUCAAUCGGGCCAUCGAAAGUGCCAACAAAGCCAGCCGUCCUCGAGACGUCGGUGAUCGAGACAGGGUCCUCCAAGUUUUCCGCAUGCUGGCCUUGGACGUGUCAUACGACGCUUACCGUGCUGCCGGUGCGGUUGAGGGCGAUGAACACCUCGAAGGGUUCGAGGGUUACGGUGGCGCCGCGAUGUUCUUCAUCGCAUCGUGUUAUGCUCUGUGUCGUGGAAGCGACACCCCGCUGCCUUUCGCCGGCGCCGAAUGCGACGAGCUAUUCCGCAAUAUUGAGGACUUCGGGAUUGCUUUUGGGUGUGAACUGGGCAGUGCGAUGAACCCCUUCAACAAGACUGCUCUCAUGUGAAUUUGGCGUGUACCUAAUAGGCGCGUCAUUUGGUUUGACUUGUAGGGGGCACAAAUGUUUGUUGAUUUCCUGAUUAUUGAUAAGCUCAAGAUGUUAGUAUUAUCCCAUUGCGUUACUAUUUCUGCAGUUUCUAUGCAACGCUUUUGCAGACAAGCUUCAGCGAACUCAAAGAGUGAGGCGCUUACCCAGAAAGCCAGAGAAGGUGCAUAAUCGUGUUUGCAGAUGAUUAUUGUACGUGUUUUGCCAUUCAACAUGGUAUGUAUUGUGCUGCAACUCCCAUAGCAUU